UCCCCGUCCGCCUCGCAUCCCCGCCAGCCCUCGCUGCCCCCGUUCGCACCCUUCCCCCGGCGACUCGCCCCCAACCAACCGCCGUGUGGCGCUCUCCCGCGCUCCCUGUCUCCAGCUCGGCCUCGACGCACUUUGCUGCUGCCACCAUGGAACAAAGACGGCGGCCCGAGUACAACCUCGACAUCUUCGCAGAUGCUGCCUUUGUCAAGGAUGUCGUCAAGGCAAUCCUGCACACGAUUUUCUUUCACCGGUACUUUACCUCGAUAUCGCCCCUGACACGCGACCUGCUCGACCUGACGCUACCCGCCAUCGACGAUGUCGACCUUGAAACCCUUAUUGAGCAGAAGACGUUUGCGCUCGUGCGCUCCAUAGACAGCACCCACCAGCCACGCGGACGAGGUCAGAUUGUCGUCCAGUUCUUCGAGAAGAAGCGGAGAAAGACGUACUUUUUCGGAAAGGCAGACGAAGACGUUUGCUGGGAGCAGUGGACGCUUGACGUGACUCUCGCCCAGCCCCGGACCGAGACUGACGCCCUCAAGGUCCGUCGCGCAAUGACAAAGUCGCUGGAAAAAGCCGCGCACAAGAUCAUCGCCAUCGUCAACCGCGACAAAGACCACAUUCCUCCUAUCACCACUACCGACGCCAACCCCUUCCCCUACCAGAUUGUCGUCAACCCAAAGUCUGCUGAAAACGACUGGCGGCCCCGCAUCGGCCUCUUCUAACCUCGAAACUAUCUGGCGGUGAAAAGAAAAAAAUCAAAGGAAGCGCAACUGUAUAUAUGUAUCACCUUGCUCCAUCAACCGGGCAAGACCAAGUUCAACACGAGUAGGAUGUAAUAUUUUGUCGCUCACUGCGACAUAAAAGAGAUGGGAAAAGCCCUCGAUUCCAUAUACCGGCCGUAUUAGAGAUGGGCCGCGGCGUUUUAUUUUUUUUCUUUUUGCGAACCCUCCCUUUCCUUUCCCCCUUUCGCCGCCGCCGCCACCACUCCCAAAAGCUCCACUGUACAGUGUCCGCCAUGUCGGGCAACCUUUCCCUCAAAGCAAACCUUGCGAACCACCUGUAUCGGAAAGUCCCAAGAACAUGAGCGUUUUGAUUGUUUGUUACCUACUUGCUACUAUAGCUACACAAGAUACCCCAAUUCCCCAAAUGAAAUUACACUGUUUUU